UCGCAAAGUCACAAACGUCGUUCGACCGUGCAACGCGACGGACGUGUCGGCGGUGGAUCGUCGUCGCGAUUCGACGUAGUACUCUCGCGCGUCAAGACAACGUUUCCCGCCCUGUCGUGACUUCGCGCGAUUUUCUUUUUUCCUCUACGAGGAGUGCCGCGCAAAGUGAAAAGCUUAUUAGAAAAGCGGUUCGGGGACGACCGGGACCGAUUGAGAGGACGGAACGCGAUAACACGCGGGUGGAGAAAUUUCGUUCCUUCUACAGUCGGGUCGCGCUCCCGCGGCCCAACAUUAGCAGAGGUGGCGUGGGGCACGGCCGUGAUGGAAUUGCAGAGCUGGUUGCUCUAUCACUUAGUGGCCGUCACCGACUGCAAUCAAGUUACGUUUGCCUGAAUUUGCCGGACCAUUAUUCACACACACACACAGCUCUCUCGCCGCUUCUUUAUUUAAUUUUCCAUCCCACUAUCACGAUCCAGAGGAAACGGUGGUCUACCAAUGUUUGACGUGAUGCAGUCGGCGAAUACAAUCGGAAAUGGCGGCGGCGGUGGCGGAUCGUAUACAACCGGUGGCGGAACCGGAAGUCGCACUCGCGAUUUAGGGCUGCGCGCCCAGAAGAAGCUUCUGGGUCGCAUAGUAUCCACCGGUGCCGGCCGAUCGCUCUUCAUCGACGACGCCACAACGUCGUUGCUUGAUAAUCUUUACAAGCUGAUGGAGAGCGUCGCCAAGAGCAAUCCGCACUUGGACAAGAAGGAACCCGAGAAGGUUCUCAAGAAUAUCGUCAAACUGUCCAUUAAGAUCGGACUCGUGCAACGCAGUCAUCAAUUCCGUCCGAACGAUGCCGUGAAACUGGACGAGCUUCGGGAGGCUCUGGGAACAGUGGCGAUGACGGUCGUAUCGUUCUACGAGGUUGACUAUAGUUACGAUCAAGAGUACCUGAUAGGCUCGUUGGAACGUUGCCGAUCGUUGGUGCAAGAACUGAUAAAGCCGCAUCUUACGGACAAGUCAUCGCAACGUUGCGACCAGGUAUUCGACUUCCUGGUGUAUCCGAAAUUCUUGGACUCGGUAUUUCGAUACGACUCCGAACACAGACCCGUCCUCGGCAUGCUAGUCAGUGAUCUCAACAAGGCGUUGGACGCCAGGCGGCUUUGAUUCUUCAAGGAUGUUUGCGCGAUUUUGACAGAAGCGAAUCGACGAUCAGCAAUCGUGGUCCGAUGACCAUCUCCUUCGGCAACGACGGUUUCAAAUCGUGAUCGAUGACGAGUUUCAUCGACGAAGGCAAAUAAAGAAGAGAUGGAUACAUUGAUAUAUGCACGCUUCGUUGCACUUUGUUUCACAACAAAUGGACCACCGGUGUUGUAUAUUUUCAGUGUGACGACAGUAUAGCGAUAGAUUAAAAACAAUGUGUUUUUGGUCGCGACAUACCAUGCCCACUAACCAGUAGCCGGAUCGAGCUACUCAGCGCGGACCACUCGCUCACUGAUUUAUGCAAUAAUUGUCUAAUACUCCGCUUAUAUUUUAAGGACACAGUCAUACCUGCGUUACGUAUAAUUAACGUAUGAUAUACACAUAUUUAUGUGCAGAAUAAAAUUGGCAAUCCAUACCAAAAAAGGAUAUAAUUAGAUUAGUUAAUAAGAUGAUAUAGAAGAUGAAAUUGUCGCACAUUUUCUCUAAAAUUGAAUGUCAAUGCGAUUCUCAAUAUUCAACAAUACUGUUUGUCUUCAUCAUUUUGUUAUUAUACAGUCGAAAAGAAUCAUACAAUUUCUUUGUAUAGCCUAAUUAGAUUAUUUUUUAAAAUGCAAAAUAUUAUAGUUAUCUCCUAUCUCAGUUAAUUAUCAUGUAUGAAGUUACCUUCGUUUUAGAUUCAAUAAUUUUGUCGUAAUUUUAAUUUGAGAAUUCUACUCUACGUAACGAAACUAUACGUAUAUAAUGCCAUUGCAACAUUAUACGAUCAUUGCAAAAAUAGCGACGCGAUGAAAAAUUCGUUAGAAUCGAAUUCGGAGUAGAAUUCAGUUUAGUAUUUUGUAAGAUAUCCUCCGUCGCGAAGCUGAAAAUCCUAUUGCAGAAGCCGAUUUGCAUUCACCGCGUAUCACAAUUGUGUUGUAAUACGAUGGAUCAUAAUGGAUCUCAAUCAGCGAUGCUCUCGCGAAAUUUACAAAAGUCCAUUGAUAGAUCAUCAAGUAUCAAUUUGCAAGUAUAAAGCACUUUCCCGGUCUCCUAUUUUAAAUCCUGUAAUGACGAUCGACGUCACCUGCAGUAAUGGAUUGCAUGAACAUAAGGGAUUAUCCUUCUAUCCGAGCUAAAAAUCAACGAUGGAUACACGACACACCAGUAUCCUCUUGUAAACUCCCAUAUCCAUACGAUUUCGCGUUUAGAUAAUUUUACUACUGAAACAAAGUUUUUAAAAAUUUAGCGUUAUAUAUAUUUAAUUAAUUAUUUAAUAUAUAUUUUUGAAAAGAGUUAUAGUUUUAUAAUGUUAAAAGAUGUGCUAAUAGCUAAGCCCUUUUGGAUAUUUUAUAAAUAAGUUAGAUUGCAUCGCGCCGUCUAUAUAAUAUACGCCGUCUUUCAAUUUCUUGUUCUAGCUUUCAUGUUUUUUCGUUUCACAAUAUUAUUAUUUUUCUUCGAUAGCAGAACGUUGAAGCAUGUACAAACGAGCACGUUGUGAGAUGCUUGUCGCGAUCGACACAGUCAACUAUUGAACGCUUUAUACGUGCACGUUCGUAACAAAACACUCGACUAAAGAAACAAUUCCCACAUAUCUGAUUUGACUCGCAAUCCUUAUUAGCGUAGGAUAUAGCGUAGAAGAAAAUAUAAAGAAUUUUACCGACUUUUUGCGCCUUUUGUACGCGGUAUACACCCACUUUACACGUUAUUUGUGAUGAUUGUCAAUAUUAAAAAUGUUGUACGAAUACUAUGCCAUUAAUAUAUUAUUAACAAAUA